GAAACAAAUAAAUCGUUUUUCUUAUAGAAAUGAGGCCUUAAUCAGUAUUUUGCUUUGUAAGUGAGGUUAAUGAAAAUGUUGUCCGAAAUACCGAAAGAAUUUAGAAAAUAUGGAAAGCAUUGCAACAGUUUAUCGCGAAUACUUCGCGAAACCAAUUGUGCUCUUGAAGACAUUGUAAAUACUUUGCAGUUGGGACGUGAUAUUAGUGUGGAUAUUUUGAAUGAAGAUAUCAUCGAUAAACUAAAAGGAAAAUUAACACGAGUACCUACACUGGUUGUUUUUGGGCAAAAUUGCCAUGCCAAAGCGUUAUUUAUCAACAAAUUUCUUGAACAACCAAUACUACCCCUCCACAGUGCGCGGUGGAGAUAUAUUACUUUUAUUUAUGGACACAUCAAAAACAUUAGACUAACAUUAGGUCACGAUAUUGAAAUAGUGGAGAAAUUGAAGGCCCACGAAAAAAUUUGGACCACACUACCUGAAGAAGAUUUGCAAAGAAAUGACGAGGAAUGCCUUUUGGACCACUGUCCCUCGUUGGAAGUGGAACUCAAACACACCCUACUCAGGGAAACAGUUAAAAUUAUGGUUCCACCUGAUUGUCCCUUGGACCAACUGCCCGAGAUACUAAACAAGCAUAUGGACAAUGCUCUACCUGUGAUAAUUUACGCCAUUUCUGAAGAUCUGCUUAGUGAAAUGAAUAUACAGGAGAUUCGAAAGUUGAAGGAUAUUUACAGGAAGCCAUUUCUGUUUGUGAAGGUGUCUGAAUCAGUGGAACCUGUGGCAACAAACAGUAAGAGUACUGAUUCAUUGACAGAAUCAGAGCAACACAAUGUUGAGUGUAAUGGUCAGAAGUUUUUGUCGAAAUUGCAAAACUUAAAUGAUCAACUUGUAAGACUGGGGUAUGUGAAUUCGGAAACUGCAAAGACUGAUGAUAUUAUAAAAAGAAAAUCAUACUGCUUAGAUAGUACAUUAGAUAAUACUUUAGUUUGUGAUACGAAAAUGAAUGAAAAAUUUGUUUUAUUUAUAAGAGAGGUUCUAAAAUCAAGCGUUUUAAAAAUGGCGGCGCUACUCAGUGAGAUCCACAGCCAGUGCCUCAGAAAAUUUAUUCUUUCAGCCUUUGAUAUGGCUAGGGAAAUACAAAUUACUCCAAAACGUAUUUCUUUCGCCCAAAAAAUCGAAUUGAAACUCUACAAAAGUUUGAUGGAAAUUGCCAGCGAACAGCAAGAAAAAAUCACCCAAAUCAUACAGAGGACUCUGCAAGAUAUGAAGAGCAAUGUGGCUGAAGUCCUUGAAGAGUACAACCAACACAUUGACAGUAAUCAUCAGCAGACGGCUAAAUUGGCGAUGAUGGAGAUACAGCAGCUGGUUCUAGGGAGGCUAAGUAACUCGGUGGCCAAUCAGAUCGUGCAGUCUGUGGGCUGUCUGCAGGAGAGUUUCACCGGCACGCUGCAAAGGUGCCUCGAGAGUUUGGAAAAAAACGUGCACGAUUUCGAAGGCAGCCUUUCAGCGUCGGACGCUGUGAAACAAAUAAUCAGCGCCGCCUACAACAUCGACUUGAAGUCUUCGACGAGCUUUUCCGCUGUGCGCACUUUCAUGGACAGACUUCGAACGCUGCUGUCCGGCUUGGCGUUGCCGUGGACGCACUCCUGCCAAGUGCAAUCGAGCAACCUGCAAUGGCAGCUGCAAGUGGUCUCCAACAUGAUCGAGUCUCUGAGCGCGUCGAAGCUGGCCAAAACCAUAUCGCUGCAGUUUCAAGAGCACGUCAAGUCGUCGCACGACGCCUUCCAAGCCGCCAUGCGUUCGCUGGAGAACCAGCUGUUCGGGCAGCUCGAGCAGACGGAGGAGCAGAGGAUCACGAUAAGGAAGCGGCACGCGCCGAGGUUUGCGCGCCUGGCGCUCGAGAGCACGUCGCUUUGCGAUCUGGUGCUGUGGGGCAUGCCCAAGCAAAUUAAGGAAAUAGGCAGGGGGCAAUAUGGGGUCGUGUCGUCCUGCGAGCCUUGGCAGGGAAUCAAUCCUUGCGCGUUCAAGUCGGUCGUGCCUCCGGACGAUCGGCACUGGAACGAUCUGGCUAUGGAGUUCUACUACACGAGGACUAUUCCCGAGCACCCGAGAAUAGUGCGCCUUCGUGGUUCUGUGAUAGAUUUCACCUAUGGUGGGGGCAGUUCGCCGGCUGUUCUAUUGAUAAUGGAGAGAAUGACGAGAGAUUUAUACUGCGGGUUAAGAAAUGGACUUACAUGGGUUUCCAGGGUGCAAAUAGCCAUUGAUGUCAUCGAAGGCAUUAGAUAUUUGCACUCGCAAGGCCUGGUGCAUCGUGAUAUCAAAUUAAAAAAUGUUUUGCUGGAUACUGAAGAUAGGGCGAAACUUACCGACUUUGGUUUCUGCAUACCUGAAGCAAUGAUGUCGGGCAGUAUAGUUGGCACUCCUGUGCACAUGGCUCCCGAACUGCUCUCAGGAAGAUACGAUUCCAGUGUGGAUGUGUACGCUUUCGGCAUACUGUUCUGGUACAUCUGUGCCGGUCAAGUGAAGCUGCCCAAUCAUUUCGACCAGUUUCAGAAUAAGGAGCAGCUGUGGAACAGUGUCAAGAAAGGUAUAAGGCCGGAGUGCCUCCCUCACUUUGAUGAUUCCUGCUGGAACCUGAUGGAGCGCUGCUGGUCUGCUGAACCGUCGAUGCGCCCACUUUUAGGCUAUGUUCAGCCUCAACUAGAGGCGAUUUAUAAAAAGGCUAUAGCCGACGCUGCAGGCAAGUUAUCUCCCAAAAACGCUUCGCAGCUGCCUGGUUAUAAUAAAAAACGCUGCCAAAACUUCGUUAAUGUUAAUAAUAAUAACUCAUAUUAGGCUUGUUAUCCUUGUUUUUUUAAUUACGCUUUUAUUAUUGUAGAUUAUUGUUUUUAAUGCAUGACAUAUUUUUUGAUUACAAAUUCCCUUUCAGAUUCCUAAUCAUCUAUAGAGGACUUAUGUCAGAUUGUGUUUUAUGUUUUGUGUACAUAACUUCUAAAUUAUUUUUAUAUUUAAUGUUACUUUUAUACAAUAAAUUGUUCAAACAUA